CACACCGGUCACCAGUCCAGUCUGCAGCCGACACAGGGGCCACCUGCCCCGGACUAUUUACCGGCCACACACCGCUGGAUAACAACUCCUGGAAGAGAAAAGAUUUCACACUCAACAUCAGGACUUUUACUGAGACUGAAACAGUUUAACAGGAUGAUUUGCAUCAUGUUCACCAGUUCCUGCGUUUGCUGAUGUUGGAAAACUUUUUGUAACAAGUCCUGUUUGACUUAUUUUUGGUUAGGGAUCACUGAUGUCACGGCUCUGCUAGAGGAGAAAGUUUGGGAACUCACCUGAAUCCUCAUCAACUCCUGGAUUAAACAAACCAAAUAAUCUCUUAAAUGUCCUGUAAUGUUCCUGUAAAAUUAUUUAAUUCAUCACUCUCUCUCUCAACAGUGCCUUUGUGGUGUUUUAUAUUAUUUGUAUGUCACUGCAGGACCUCUGUUAAAACAUUCCUGUAGUGUCUAUAUUUCAUAUUAAUUCACUCCUGAGGUGGACUUUACAUGUUAUUCAACAAAAAUAUAUCAUAGGAAUCAAGGAAGGUGCAUUUUUAUUCAGAGAGAAAGAAACUUAAUUUUCUAUUUUAACAAACCCCCACUCCUCCAUUCCUCGACACGGACUGCCCUCCCCACCGUCGGUGCACCAUGAAGCGGCCAUGUGAGGACAGCAGCUCGGCAGAGAGUGACAUGGAGGAGACCAUCGAUGUGGGCAGUGAGAGCAUUUAUCCAGGGCACAUGAAGGCGUCCUUUAUAAGAUGUGGAUCACCGACCACGACCACUCAAGUGAUGGCGAGGAAAAAGCGCAGAGGGAUUAUUGAGAAGAGACGCAGAGACAGAAUCAACAACAGCCUGUCAGAGUUACGGAGGCUCGUCCCCACAGCUUUCGAGAAGCAGGGUUCAGCUAAACUGGAGAAGGCAGAGAUUCUGCAGAUGACCGUGGACCAUCUGAAGGUGCUGCAGGCCACCGCAGGGAAAGGUUAUUUUGACGCCCACGCUCUGGCCCUGGACUUCCUGUCUCUUGGUUUCAGGGAGUGUGUGACGGAGGUUUCCCGCUACCUCAGCACCGUGGAGGGCCUGGACUCCGGCGACCCUCUGCGAUCCCGCCUCCUCUCCCACCUCACCACCUGCGUCUCACAGCAUGACGCUGCUGCCUUCACCAUGACCUCGCCACAUCACCACCACCACCACCACCAGCCUCACCCUUUACCUCCCCCCUUCCACCCCCAUCACUGGGCCGCUGCAGCCGCUGCAGUCGCCACUGCAGCUGCGUUUCGACCUCUGCCGGCCGCUGCCACUGCCACGCCAUACGGACUGAGUGGGCUGGUUGUUUCUCCAGAUUCUGGAGGAGGUGGAGCCCCCCAGAGGCUGGCGGAGUUGUCACAACACGGUGUGGCUGCCUCCUUCGCCUCCCACGCAGACUCCUCCUCCUCUCCUUCCUCCUCCUCCUCUUCGUCAUCAUCCCUCGUGCUCCCUUGCACCCCCACUCCUCUCUCUGCUUCCCUCCUUUCCCUCUCAGCGUCGUUUCCCAUCACCCUCCAUGGAGGUUUCCCCAUCCUUCCUCCCUCCUCCUUCACCUCCACCGCUGCCACCACCAGUCCUCCCAUCUCCUCUUCCUCCUCCUCUUCCUCCCAGACUCCUCACAGCAGCAGCAGUAAACCCUACAGACCGUGGGGAACUGAGGUCGGAGCGUUCUGACUCUUUAACUGGCUGAUGAUGCUGCUGCUGACUAACUUCUGACAGUUUAACAGUCUGGAAAGUGAAUUUAUAAACCGUCUGGUUUUAACUGUUAACUUGUUAACCUGUGAGGUGUUUUGACUUUUUUACAUCUGCUAAUUUCGCAAAGUGACCAGUUCUGAAACUUUUUUAAACUUGCUACCUUUCUUCGUUCUGCUCAGAUUUUCUGAGCUGUUUUAACAUGUUUUGAAGCUGAUGUUUUGUUCCUGUAUGAGAUGUAAAAGAAGGUGACACUCGCCUUUGAAAUGUUGCCAUGAAUGUAAAACCUAACCAAGUUACUUUUGAAGAACAUUAAAUCCUCAGAAUAAA